GGUCGCAUAUAGUGAGCGUGCACCAACACGGGUGAGUUACGCGUGUGAUGUGGGGCGUGGAUAAGAUUGAACGGGCGCGUUAUAAAGAGGACGGGCAGCAUUGUCUGGCGGGCAUCACGGCUCCUGUGAAACGGACGGCACGCAGAAGAAAACGGGCUGCAAACCUGACUACAACAACACAUUGUCGAGGAGCACAGUGUGGUACGAGGGAGCAACUUCAGGAAGGAGUCACCGCUUCCUGCAGUCACCUAUCCCCGCUGCUCUCCGGGGCGUGGAGUGCCGCUUUAGCAUCUUUAGCGCUUUUGCUAACACUAGCCUCAAAGGAAUGUUAACUCUAGGCUUUUCUAGACCAGAGACCUACAACAUCCUCCUUUAAAUCUAGAACGACCUCAGUGCUGGUGGAAAAACCCCUCCGAAGCACACCUAGUGAAUUUGACCUGACGGUGGAUACUACAGCUUCCAACCAGACAGCAAACCAAAGCAGAGCAUUUCCAUUGUUCCUUUUGAAGAAUUGACUAUUUGUAAGGAUUUGCAUAGCUGUGAGCAUUACUUCCGAGAGACUUUUUGAAGUAAUCUGUAAAAAUGGGUCCUGGAAUGGAAGCAGCGGACGUAGCUGUGGUAGCACUAUAUUUUGUUUUGGUGCUAGCCAUUGGUUUUUUCGCCAUGUGGAAAGCCAAUCGCAGCACUGUGAGUGGCUACUUCCUGGCUGGACGCUCCAUGACGUGGAUAGUGAUAGGUGCAUCACUCUUCGUCAGCAACAUUGGCAGUGAACAUUUCAUAGGCUUGGCUGGGUCAGGAGCAGCGAGUGGCUUUGCUGUUGCAGCAUGGGAAUUUAAUGCACUUCUACUUCUGCAGCUGCUUGGCUGGGUGUUCAUUCCCGUGUAUAUACACUCGGGAGUCUACACCAUGCCCGAGUACCUGUCGAAACGCUUCGGUGGCAACAGGCUAAAAGUUUACUUUGCUCUCUUGUCUGUGUUGCUUUACAUUUUUACCAAGCUGUCUGUGGACUUGUAUGCUGGAGCGCUCUUCAUUCAGGAGUCCCUGGGUUGGAACCUUUAUGUGUCUAUCGUCCUGCUCAUCGGUAUGACUGCACUGCUCACUGUCACUGGUGGACUGGUGGCAGUACUCUACACAGAUGCACUUCAGGCAGUGUUAAUGAUUGGUGGAGCCCUAACCCUAACCAUCCUCAGCCUGAUCAAAGUUGGUGGGCUCGAGGGUGUCAGAACUAAGUACAUGGAGGCAGUUCCCAAUGUUACUGCUAUAAUGGCCACUGGAAACUUCACUUAUUCUCCUUCCUGCCGCAUUAAGCCUAAACCAAACUCACUACUCAUCCUUCGAGGUCCUCUGGAUGAAGAUAUCCCAUGGCCAGGUUUCAUUCUCGGCCAGACCCCUGCAUCUAUCUGGUACUGGUGUGCAGACCAGGUCAUCGUUCAGAGAGUACUAGCAGCAAAGAACAUUGCUCAUGCGAAGGGCUCUACACUCAUGGCUGGAUUUCUCAAGAUCCUGCCAAUGUUUGUCAUAGUCAUUCCAGGAAUGAUCUCCCGUAUCAUGUUUGCGGAUGAGAUCGCCUGCAUCGGACCAGAGCACUGCAUGGCAGUGUGCGGCUCUCACGCUGGCUGCUCAAACCUUGCCUACCCUCGCUUGGUCAUGGCGGUGAUGCCGGUGGGUCUCAGAGGUCUGAUGAUGGCAGUCAUGAUAGCUGCCCUGAUGAGUGAUCUGGACUCUAUCUUUAACAGUGCCAGCACCAUCUUCACCCUGGACAUCUACAAAAAUGUUCGAAGGAAGGCAUCUCAGCGCGAGCUGCUGAUGGUGGGCCGUAUGUUUGUUGUGGUCAUGGUGGUGAUAAGCAUUGCCUGGGUCCCUGUCAUUAUUGAAAUGCAAGGUGGACAGACAUAUCUCUACAUCCAGGAAGUUGCUGGCUACCUCACUCCACCAAUCGCUGCCCUCUUUCUGUUGGGUGUGUUUUGGAAACGGUGCAAUGAGACAGGCGCAUUUUGCGGAGGCAUGACAGGUUUUGCACUUGGUACCCUACGACUGAUCCUAGCGUUUAUCUACCGCCAGCCUCGCUGUGACCAGCCAGAUGAUAGGCCUUCCUUCAUCGUUAAAGUUCACUACAUGUAUUUCGCCGCUGGGCUGUUCUGGAUUUCAGGAUUGGUGGCAGUGGUGGUCAGCCUCUGCACCACUCCACCAGAUGAUGAGCAGGUUCGCACCACCACCAUCUGGGGGCUACGCAAGAUUGAAAAAGUUCCCCCAAAGGAACGAAAGGAAACAAACAGGCUGACUGAAGAGAGCCAUUGUAAUGGUGACCGAAUACUCCAUAAAGAAAUGCCCCGAGACGUCAUAAAGGAGAGGUGUUUGGACGGGGCGGAUGUCAAACUCCUGGUCCCAUCCACUGACCAUGACCCAGCAACCCCUAGUGCGGAAACAUCCCCUGCCACCACCCCUGCAGAACGAUUUGUUAAUGGAAGGAUGGAGAUGGUCAGAGAGGAAAGCUGCCAUGUUAACGGGGAGACUAGCUGUGGUAUGCGUUUACUGAAUUGGUUUUGCGGAUUGAAGGAGGGACCACAGAGCGCUCAGCAAAAAGUAGUGCGGGAGGAUGCAAAAGUCAUUGCAGAGUUGCUGUACGAGCCACCUAGAGUUAAAAUUCUCCUCAAUAUGGGUUUGCUAUUGAUCUGCUGUGUGGGCAUCUUCAUGUUUGUUUUUUUCUCACUGUAGUUGAACUCUGCACUGAACAGGGACUGAUGUGGGGGCUGUUAUUGAGGUGGAAAUUAUGUGGUGGUGGUGGUGGGG